AGCGUGAGAAGCGGUGCAUGACAACAGUUUCGAAACCAUACGGGCGGUGCUUGCCUGCGAGCAAGUUGUGGUUUCGUCACUCCAAGGAGCUUUGUACUGUUGUUCUAGUUUCAUUUUUAACACUAGAACAGUGCUGUGUAAGGCACCGUACAGCAAGAGAAGCAAUGACUGAGUUCGAGUGGCCUUGGCAGUAUAGCUUUCCACCAUUCUUCACGAUACAACCUACACUGGCAACGAAACAAAAACAACUCGAGGCAUGGAGUAAUCUCAUCUUGAACUACCACCGUUCUCAAAGACUGUUCGUCUUGGAUGUGACUGAAGCCCUGAGUAGCCCACUGUUUUUCAACAGAACUAUAUCUCGCAAGCUCUCCGCAGACGGACUGCGUGAGAUACUGAACUUCAUGAGCAAGAAUGGUACCGUUACUUGGACUGACAAGCAGCAGACUCGAUGUUACGUGUUCUGGCGAUCACCAGAGGAAUGGGCGAAGCUAAUCUACGAUUGGGCAGAAUCUACGGGCAAUACGAACACGGUCUGCACACUGUUCGAGUUGGUGAACGGAGAUGACACGAAGGACACUGAAUUCACCGAACUUGACACCGAUGUGUUAAAAAUGUCCUUACAGGUCCUCGAAAAACAAGGCAAAGCUGAAGUUAUCUCCUUUGAUGGAAAUGAAGGUGUUAAGUUUUUCUAGACAGACUUGAUGGCUUCGUUUUUUGCUGUACUUUGAUAAACAUUUUACUGAUCUUGCAAACAAUAAACGAGCAAAUAAUAGAAAA